UUGAGGAAAAAAGAAAGAGGAAAAGAGGAAAAGAAAAAAAGACCAAAUCGAUAAGGCGGCGCCGGUAGUGAGCAGCCUGCGGCGAGCGAGCGGGGAUGGCGGCGAAGGGAGUGGCUCCGGCGGUGGCGCUGAGUAGUGGCCACCGGAUGCCGGCGGUGGGGCUGGGCGUGUGGCGGAUGGAGAAACCCGCCAUCCGCGACCUCAUCCACUCUGCGCUCCGCAUCGGCUACCGACACCUGGACUGCGCCGCUGACUACCAAAAUGAAGCUGAAGUCGGCGUUGCACUUGCAGAGGCAUUCCAAACUGGACUUGCCAAGAGGGAGGAUCUGUUCAUAACAACUAAGCUAUGGAAUUCAGAUCACGGCCAUGUGGUUGAAGCCUGUAAGGAUAGCUUGAAGAAGCUGCGCCUGGAUUAUCUUGAUCUCUAUCUUGUUCACUUCCCAAUAGCUACUAGACAUACCGGAGUUGGCACAACUUCUAGUGCUCUUGGUGAUGAUGGUGUGCUAGACAUUGAUACCACUAUCUCAUUAGAAACAACAUGGCAUGCAAUGGAAGAACUUGUUUCCGUGAGACUGGUUCGCAGUAUCGGGAUUAGCAACUACGACAUUUUCUUAACCAGAGACUGCUUGGCAUACGCUAAGAUAAAGCCUGCAGUGAACCAAAUUGAGACGCACCCUUACUUCCAGCGUGAUUCUCUUGUUAAGUUCUGCCAGAAGCAUGGUAUCUGUGUCACCGCUCAUACCCCCCUGUGUGGUUCAACUGCUAACACAGAGUGGUUCGGCUCGGUGUCAUGCCUCGACGACCCUGUCAUCAAGGGUUUGGCUGAGAAGUACAACAAGACUCCUGCUCAGCUCGUCCUCCGGUGGGGUCUCCAGAGGAACACGGUGGUCAUCCCCAAGACCUCCAAGGAGGAGAGGCUGCGGGAGAACUUUGAGGUCUUCGAUUUCGAAAUCUCGGGGGAGGAUAUGGAGAAGAUCAAAGCUAUUGACAGGAACUACCGCACUAACCAGCCUGCCAAAUUCUGGGGCAUCGACCUGUAUGCUUAGUUUACUUGCAUCUGAGCUCCCAUGUACACGUUUCUGAAUGCUGCUCCCAGACAGCAUCAAUAAUAAGGAGUAAUCUUCUCCAUUUGUGCUCGA